GGGCUCGGUGUCCCUCACACAGCAGAGCGUCUGCCAGCCCUCACAGGAGUUUCCUCCGAAACUCUCAGUCCGUGACCGUUACCCCUUCUCCGCCUCCCUGCGGUACAAACUGCUAUUUCUCCAUCACAGAUAUACAAAUAAAUAACGUAAUCCUCAAGGCCUGCUGCAUAAGGCUACCUGCAGCUAGACAGAGAAUAAUUAGUGAGAAUUUAGUGGUGAUAGCGAGGAAAAUGACGUAGAGGUAAACGAAGCGCUGAAAGCAUCGAGAGAAGGGAGAGGGCUGUGGUGCCGCUCCGCCGCCCGCUGCCGUGGCAACGCGGUGUAAACGAAGCGCGGCGGGCCGGCCGAGCCGCCGAGACAGGAAUAGGGAUAGGGACAGGGACAGGAAUAGGGACGGGGAUAAAGACAGGGACACGAGUAGGGACAGGGAUAGAGAUAGGGACACGAAUAGGGACUGAGCCCGCAGCCCCGCCGCCCGCGCGCUGCGUGCGGAAUCCUUGCCUCUGCCGUGCUUCGCUGUGGAAACACACGGUUUCAGGACCUUAAAACAUCUAAGGACAGUAUGUCUGAAAAGCAGAAAAUUAAGAGGAGAAGCACAGAAGGUCGUGGAGCUGUUGUUGCUCUUCCAAAUGCAGAUGAGAUAGUGAAAGAAAUCUGUGAUUCAUACAAAGCUCUAGGAAAAAGUAGCCAAAAAACACCAACAACCAGACUGUGGCCAGAUAAACAAGUGGCACAUUGUCAAAGUAAAAAGCAGUUAACAUUACAGAUGGGACAGCACACCUCUCUACCUUUCCUGGUGAAGAAAGAGAUCAUAAGGCAUGGCUUUGACUUCAGCUUUCUGCUACAGGCCUCAUGCCCAGAAUCCAACAUUCCAAAAUGCUUUAAGGAUAUGCAACAAAGUUUUAAUAUAGCAAUACUAGAAAAAAGGAUCAAGAGGUCUGAGUUCCAUUUGCCACCAGUGACAUUUCAGCCUGUAAGAACCAUUCAUCUUGCUCCUCUAAAUGAUGUUUUUGUCAAUAAGCACACCAAGAUCAGAAAUAUUUUGAAUAUUAUGAAGUCUAUUUCUCAGCCUAUAAAAUCAGCUACUAAAUUUUAUCAGUAUCAGUUAGGCAAUAUAGUAAUAAGACAAGCUGAAAAGUCUUCAGGUGUGAUUGUGGCUACAAUUUCUGAGAAGUUCACUCCAACAGAAGGCCUGUACUGCUUCAGCAAGAAUAAAUAUUAUGAGUACCCUAACAAUAAGAAAGAAGAAAUUGAAAACAAUUUGAAAUGGACAGAAGAUGAGGCAGCUGCCGAUACUGAAAAGAAUGACCAGAAGUCCCAGUUUUCAGUGGCUUAUGAGAAUGUAGAUAUUAUGAUCCAAGACAAUUUUUGUGACACUUGUCUUUUUUACCUGAACUCAAAUAAUGCUGUGAAAAACUGUGGAAUAUCCACAGCUCUGUUUCCUGUGUCAAAAAACACUGAUAUUUUAAGAGCUGGUGAGAAGGAAGAAAGAGAGGAGAAUUCCUAUAAAACUGGUAUAGAAGAAAACGUUACAGACAUAAUACUGCACUGUAGACCAUGUGAAGAUGCUGAGAGUGAACCCGUCAUGCUUGGUGAUUGUAAUUUAGAUUCUUCGUGUAAAAAUGAAGUGAUUGAGUCCUGCCAUGUCCUAGAAUAUAAUUCUGUAGCUGCUGUAAUUCCUGGAGAAGUGCAAGAUUGUUCUGGAAAACAAACAGAAAAUAUGUGUCUUCUCAAGUUUGAAAUGGAAAAUGAAGCAAUGUCAGAAGUGACUGCAAAAGGUCAAAGUGAGCUCGUUCCUGUUGUCCAUGUUACUUUCUCUGAACAAGAACUACCUACGAAACCACGCAUUGCUAAACAUCCUGACAAAAAAAGGAGCACUGUUCGUAGCCUGCCUCCUCAUGUCAGUCAGAGCUUCAAUGUUCUUGCUCGCAAAGACAGUGACAAAAGUGAGAUAAAGUUGAAUAGAAACAAAUGUUCAUCGAAAUCUAAAAUGAGUAGCAAGACAAGGACACCUGAAGGCUUAGUUAUUUCUGAGGAGAUUUCCAUAAAACAUAAUACACAAAAGAGGAAUGCCAAGAGGCAGAUUUUUCCAUCUUUGCAACUGCCAUGUGUGGGUUCUGAGACUUUCCUGAAGUGUCAAAAAAAAAUACCUCAAGCCAACAAAUGUAAUUUUCUUCAGAGUUUUCAGAAAGUUAAAAAGCAAAGUUCUUCCUGCAGUUGCAAAAAUCUAGUUAUCUCAAAGAAACCUGUUACUCCGCUUUCUGUACAAUAUGCACAAUCUGCUUCAGAGUUUGUACAACUGAAAUACAGUGAUAUGUUCAAGAAAAUAAAUUCCAAUGACAAAGGCCCAGAUGUUUAUGAAAUGUUUGGAACUCCUGUCUAUUCCCAUGUGCGCCAGCUUGAUCAUCUUGAGAACAGUUUUUACAGAGAUGUUUGUUCUGCUCCACCUGGGGGAUGCACUGCUAGCACCUGCAGUUCUACCUGCAGUAAAAGAAGAGACAGCAGCCGAAUAAGAAAUACUCAAAAGAGAACACAUUCUAAGCCAAAGAAGACCAUAUCUGUCACUAAACAAAAGCAGAAAGGCUUACCUGCAAACAACAACAGUAUUGAAUUGAGUGGUAGCAACGCUGAGCAAGAUAAUGUAGUAUCUUCCGGUCCGGAUUGUCAAAUACAAACUUCAAGUAGCGUGACAUUGUUUCAUGGAGACACAGAUCAUCAGCUUAUAUUUUUAGAAGAGCUUCCAGAAUCAAUCAAGCCAAACGAAAUUCUUUCAGAUUCAAAGUUAUCAACUAUUAAAGAAGCCUCUUUGGAGCAGUCUAUAGACAGUCAGGCUCUACCCAACCAUCAGAUAGCUGCUUCCUGUAGCCAGGGUCUUCUUCAGCCCAACGAUAAAGUCUACACAGAAUGUGCUGCUCUAAGUAACAAUUUAAUAACAGCAGACCAGAACAUUUGUGUACCCCAGUACAGAGUGGAUAUGAAUGGCUGCAAAAGCCUGGAAUCAGACCGGGCCUCCUUCAAGAUUCUAAAUCAAGGAGAAGCAUUGCCCUUUUCAGAUAGACAGGAGUGUCAAUUCCUUACAAACAAAUUAAGUCACAGUUGGUCAUUCACACCUCAGAACAGUAUUUUGGCAAAUGAACUCAUUCAGCCUUCAAUGAUUCAGACAACAAAUGUUACAAGCCCCAGUUUCCAGACAAGUCGAAACAUUUUGUCUUGGGCAGGUAAUAAGGAUGUAACCGAUGAGUUGCUUUGUUGUCUGGCUGCAGAAUUGCUAAUGCUUGAAGACAAAGACAUCAGUUCUUCAAGAACAAAAUAUGCAGGUUCUAAAACGCAGAAUACCUAUACUAAAGAAGAAGGAAAAAUAAUGAACAGAGAUGGAGAAAUAGUAGAUAAUGAUCUAGAGAAGAGUUACAGAAAAUCCUUUCUGGCAUCAAGUGAAGAAAGUGGACUGCUGAACUUUGAGGAAUCUACUCACGUACCAGGAAGCAAUGUAAAUAACAAAGACACUAUCAUGUGGACAAGAGGUGAAGUCCUUGGAAAGGGAGCCUAUGGCACAGUGUACUGCGGACUGACAAACCAGGGACAAUUAAUAGCUGUAAAGCAGGUUCUUUUGGAUACGUCGGAUCGACUGACUACAGAAAAGGAGUACCAGAAGCUGCAUGAGGAAGUUGAUCUUCUGAAGACAUUGAAGCAUGUCAAUAUUGUAACUUACUUAGGAACUUGUCUGGAAGACAACAUUUUAAGUAUUUUCAUGGAGUUUGUUCCUGGUGGCUCAAUUUCCAGUAUUCUUAAUCGUUUUGGUCCGUUGCCAGAAAUUGUCCUUUGUAAAUACACAAAACAAAUUCUAGAGGGGGUUGCAUAUUUACAUGACAAUUGUGUCGUUCAUAGAGAUAUCAAGGGCAAUAAUGUCAUGCUCAUGCCAAACGGAAUAGUGAAGCUAAUUGACUUUGGCUGUGCCCGGCGCUUAGCUUGGGUCAGCCUCAGCGGCACACACAGCGAGAUGCUCAAGUCUGUGCAUGGGACUCCAUAUUGGAUGGCACCAGAAGUUAUCACUGAAUCUGGAUAUGGGAGGAAAUCAGACAUCUGGAGCGUCGGCUGCACAGUGUUUGAGAUGGCAACAGGAAAACCACCCCUGGCUUCCAUGGACAGGGUAGCAGCCAUGUUCUAUAUUGGGGCUCACAGAGGACUGAUGCCUUCCCUACCUGAUCGAUUCUCUGGAACUGCAGUGGACUUUGUGCACGCAUGCUUAACCAGAGAUCAACAUGAACGCCCUUCUGCUCUGCAGCUGUUGGACCAUCCCUUUUUGAAAGGAAGACGGUGAAUCGUUCAGACCUCCUGUCAAGUGAGUAAUACAUUUUCUAUUACGAAAAGUAUUUCUGCUUGUGAAAAAGAUCAGAACAAACUGGAGUUAGAAGUAACAGCAGAACAUACUGCAGAUUGGUUGUGUAGACAGUGAGUCUAUUUUUAGACAGUGCUUAACAUUUUGUUGUCACAUCUGUACUCAAUGGAAUGGGCAUUCAUUCACUAUGAACACAAGGGCACACAUUUUGUUGUUUCUGAGGAGAUUCUAGAGGGGAAAAAAACCUGCUACCGUGAGCACAUGACAAGUAAGGUAAGUUGGGAGUUCUGAUUUUCUGUAAAAACCUAUGGAACAUGAAUGGUAUCAGCAGAAAGCUUUACAGAUGCAAAAAGCUUUGUGAAAGCUCUUCUCAAACUCAUAGUCUUUAAAUGUGUCUGUGAAGAUCUUGUUGAAACUCCAAACCACACAAUUAUGUUGGCAUAAAACGUACUGAAGUUGUUCAGCUAGAUGGGCCUUUUAACUGUAGCUGGUGAAUGGAAAAAACUGUGCAGUACACACAUACCAGUCCUUCUUAUCCUUUUCUGUGGAGGUUUAUCAACCUCAGGAUACUGUGGUGAUAAUGACAAGAGAUACCCAGCUGCACACAGAUGUACUUUUAUUAAGCUAACAUCAAGGCAAUUUCCUAGUCUCUCUAGAAUUAUGCAUCUGAGAUUUGAGACCAUCUUCUUUUUUAACAAUGCAUGGGAUUUUAUGGACAGUUUUGUGUUACAGAUGGAUUGAGGUUGGAAGGGACAGCUGGAGAUGGUAUAUUCCAACUGCACUGCUUAGGGCAGGGCUGCAGACACAGAUUGCUCAGUUACUUUGGCUUUUGAGUAUCACCAAAUAUGGAGACUCUACAGCUCCUCUAGGCAACACGUUCCAGUGUUCAAAUCUCCUCAUACUGAAAAUAUUUCAGCAGGCUGUCUUGUAUUUCAAGUUGUGCCCACUUUUUCUUGUCCCACCACUGGAUAACACAGUGGAGUCUGGCUCUAUCUUCUUGAUUGCCCCUCAUCAGGAAUGGAUACACAUUGAUAGGAUUCUCUUAGCUGCCCUCUUCAAUCCAAAUGACAUGCUGUAGUUCUCAAGCUUCUGUUUGCUGAUACAGAGCAGCAGAAGCAUAGAAGCAUUGCCUUUCUCUUGUUUGCAAAAGCUGUAAGGUACCAUUUGAAUCACUCAAGAAACUACUACUAAUUUUGAACAUCCUUUACCUGAGACUUGAACUAUUUUGAGAAACACUUGAGUGAGCACCAUGUAGAUGACAUAGUCUUAGUCUGCACCUUUUUACGGGUAGUUACACUAACUGGCUACUACCUACUAUUAACUGAAUGCAAUGAGAAUAAAUUUGAAAAAUAUUCUGAUACAUCAAUAGAAGAUGAUGCAGGUAUCAGCAUUCAGACUGUCCUCUUCCUGGUGGGGCUUCUUUCUCAGUAAAGACUUUGGGGGAAUAAGACACAAAAUGUGGUGAACUUUAUGAUGUGAGUGGCUGGGUUCUAAGAAGAAAUGCAGUAAAAUUCAGCCCUGGAACUUUUAGGGGCUGAGCCCUCAGAAGUUAAAGGCCCUGAUUUCUGCACCAGCAGUGAUAUCAAAAAUGGGCGUUUCACAAAAUGGGAAGAAGGAAAGCAACAAAAAGUUGGUUUGUAGAACAUCAACUUUCUACAGAGCGUCAAGCUCUUCAAUUACUUAAA